AUGUUUUCGUCAUGUGGUGUUGUCACCAACGUCCACAUAGUCAUUGAUCGCAACACCAAUCGUUCAAAAGGAUUUGGUUUUUGCGAAUUUCAAGACCAACAAGGAGCAGAAAAUGCUGUUCAAAAAAUGAACGGAGUUGAGAUGAAUGGACGACCAUUGCGCGUUAACUGGGCUAACAGCAAGUAG